CCCCGCCGCGUCUCGGCCACCAUCGCCGAGGCGCCGCUGCUCCCACAGACGCUCGCGAGCCGCCCCCCGCGCUCCCAGCCUCCUCUUCCUCCCGCACGCCCGAGACGCUCGCCCGCCUCGGGUCUCGCCCCCGCCUCCGCCUCCCCCGUGCUCUUCCCUCGCUCGCCUCCCACACAGUCUCUGCCUCAUUUUCUCUUCUAGUUGAGGGGAAAAAAUCACCAUCAUCCUCAGGGAUCCCCUCGCCCUCAGAAAAACAAAACCAGACAUGCUCGUGGGCUCCCGCCCCUGAAGGACUGGCCGAGCGAGGAGCAGGGAGCUCGCGGAGACCGCCCCAGAGGUCACGGGAGGGAAGCCCCCGCAGCCCCCGGCCCUGUCCCCGCGGCCGGCCCCUCCUCGGCCCGAGCCCGGCGGUCCCCAGCCCCGCGGCCUCCCGCCCCGUCCCCCACUUUCCCGGGAGCCGGACGAACACACCUCCAUUGAUGGUGUAGCGCGUUCGGGGAAGAGCAUUGAGGUCAAGGACUCUUGAGCUUUUCCCUCAUUGUAUCUUCAGUUCCGAAGACCUGGCACCUAGAUAGUGUUUAGUAUAGAUCGUUGAACAAAUGAGAGAAGAUGUUGAGGAAGAUGAUACAGGACGGCAAAAGAUAAAUUACUGCGUUUUUGAAACGUUGGGGUAGUUGGAGUGGUUGGAUUUUCCCUGGAAUUGAGUGAGAAAUUCAGAAGACUGAAGCCCAGGCUUACUGUCUACCUUUCACGGAGGCCUAGCCGUGAGAGGACAGAAGAAGGCACGUGGCGAAUCAUGACAGCUGACAAAGACAAAGACAAAGACAAAGAGAAGGACCGGGACCGAGAUCGGGACCGAGAGAGAGAUAAACGAGACAAAGCAAGAGAGGGUGAGAAUUCAAGACCACGUAGGAGCUGCACCUUGGAAGGAGGAGCCAAAAAUUAUGCUGAGAGUGACCACAGCGAAGAUGAGGAUAAUGACAACAAUAGUGCCACCACAGAGGAGUCCACGAAGAAGAACAAAAAGAAACCACCGAAAAAAAAAUCUCGUUAUGAAAGGACAGACACCGGCGAGAUAACCUCUUACAUCACUGAGGAUGAUGUUGUCUACAGACCAGGAGACUGUGUGUAUAUCGAGAGUCGGAGGCCAAACACGCCAUAUUUCAUCUGUAGCAUUCAAGACUUCAAACUGGUCCACAACUCCCAGGCCUGCUGCAGAUCUCCAACUCCUGCUUUGUGUGACCCCCCAGCAUGCUCUCUGCCGGUGGCAUCACAGCCACCACAACAUCUUUCUGAAGCCGGGAGAGGGCCUGUAGGGAGUAAGAGGGACCAUCUACUCAUGAACGUCAAAUGGUACUACCGUCAGUCUGAAGUUCCAGAUUCUGUGUACCAGCAUUUGGUUCAGGAUCGGCAUAAUGAAAAUGACUCUGGAAGAGAACUUGUCAUUACAGACCCAGUUAUCAAGAACCGAGAGCUCUUCAUUUCUGAUUACGUUGACACAUACCAUGCUGCUGCCCUUAGAGGGAAGUGUAACAUCUCCCAUUUUUCUGACAUAUUUGCUGCUAGAGAGUUUAAAGCUCGAGUGGAUUCAUUUUUCUACAUAUUAGGCUACAACCCUGAGACAAGGAGGCUGAACAGCACCCAGGGGGAAAUUCGUGUUGGUCCUAGCCAUCAGGCCAAACUUCCUGAAUUGCAACCGUUCCCUUCUCCAGAUGGCGACACUGUGACCCAACAUGAGGAACUGGUCUGGAUGCCUGGAGUUAAUGACUGUGACCUCCUUAUGUACUUGAGGGCAGCAAGGAGCAUGGCAGCAUUCGCAGGGAUGUGUGAUGGAGGUUCCACAGAAGAUGGCUGUGUUGCAGCAUCUCGGGAUGACACUACCCUCAAUGCACUGAAUACACUACAUGAAAGUGGCUAUGACGCUGGCAAAGCCCUGCAGCGCCUGGUAAAGAAGCCUGUGCCCAAGCUGAUCGAAAAGUGCUGGACGGAGGAUGAAGUGAAACGCUUCGUUAAGGGGCUCAGGCAGUACGGCAAGAACUUCUUCAGAAUUAGAAAGGAGCUGCUUCCCAAUAAGGAAACAAUGCUGUACUCCCCGUGCUGGUGUCGAGGCCGCUGGUGCCUCCUUCGGACCGCAAGGCUCUGCAUUCUCGAGGACACGGUCCGGUUCCCCAAGCCUUCAGCUGGGGAGCUGAUCACCUUCUAUUACUACUGGAAGAAAACCCCCGAAGCAGCCAGCUCCCGGGCCCAUCGGAGGCACCGCAGGCAGGCCGUGUUCAGGAGGAUCAAGACCCGCACCGCAUCCACACCCGUCAGCACACCCUCCAGACCCCCCUCCAGCGAAUUCCUGGACUUGAGUUCAGCCAGCGAGGAUGACUUUGACAGUGAAGACAGCGAGCAGGAAUUAAAGGGGUACGCCUGCCGCCACUGCUUUACCACCACCUCCAAAGACUGGCACCACGGGGGCCGGGAGAACAUCCUGCUCUGCACAGACUGCCGCAUCCACUUCAAGAAAUACGGCGAGCUCCCCCCCAUUGAGAAGCCUGUGGACCCUCCCCCAUUCAUGUUCAAACCUGUCAAAGAGGAAGAUGAUGGGCUCAGUGGGAAGCAUAGCAUGAGGACUCGGCGCAGUCGUGGCUCGAUGUCUACACUGCGCAGUGGUCGAAAGAAGCAGCCAGCCAGCCCUGAUGGUCGCGCCUCGCCCAUCAAUGAAGAUAUCCGCUCCAGUGGCCGGAACUCGCCCAGCGCUGCCAGCACCUCUAGCAAUGACAGUAAAGCAGAGACCGUGAAGAAGUCAGCCAAGAAGGUGAAGGAGGAAGCCUCAUCCCCCCUUAAGAGCACCAAGCGCCAGCGGGAGAAGGUGGCCUCUGAUACAGAGGAGGCCGACAGGACCAGCUCCAAGAAGACGAAAACCCAGGAGAUCAGCCGGCCCAACUCGCCAUCGGAAGGCGAAGGAGAGAGUUCGGACAGCCGCAGCGUCAACGAUGAGGGCAGCAGUGACCCCAAAGACAUCGACCAGGACAAUCGCAGCACGUCCCCCAGCAUCCCCAGCCCCCAGGACAACGAGAGCGACUCGGACUCUUCGGCCCAGCAGCAGAUGCUGCAGGCCCAGCCCCCAGCCUUGCAGGGGGCACCCGGUGCGGCCCCUCCAGUGCCCUCCACCGCCCCUCCAGGAACCUCCCAGCUCCCCACACCAGGGCCCGCGCCCUGUGCCACUGCAGGCCCUCCACAGGGCUCCCCCUCGGCCUCCCAGCCCCCCGGCCAGCCGCAGGCCCCGGCGGUUCCUGCUCCCCAUGCUCAUAUCCAGCAGGCGCCCACCCUGCACCCACAGCGGCUGCCCUCACCACAUCCCCCGCUCCAGCCUCUGACCGUGCCAGCUGGCCAGACUGCCGCCCCACCUCACAGCCAGCCCCCACUGCAUAGUCAGGGCCCAGGUGGCCCUCACAGCCUCCAGGCCGGGCCCCUGCUGCAGCACCCAGGCCCCCCCCAGCCCUUCGGCCUCCCUCCCCAGGCCUCCCAGGCGUCAGCUCUCCCUCACGCCUCCUUGCAGCCCACAGCCUCGCAGUCAGCGCUGCAGCCCCAGCAGCCCCCACGGGAGCAGCCCCUGCCGCCAGCCCCCUUGGCCAUGCCCCACAUCAAGCCCCCCCCCACCACACCCAUCCCCCAGCUGCCGGCCCCCCAAGCCCACAAGCACCCGCCUCACCUCUCCGGGCCCUCGCCCUUCUCCAUGAAUGCCAACCUCCCACCCCCUCCAGCACUGAAGCCCCUGAGCUCCCUGUCCACACACCAUCCCCCUUCAGCCCAUCCCCCUCCCCUGCAGCUCAUGCCGCAGAGCCAGCCCCUGCCCUCCUCCCCUGCACAGCCCCCAGUGCUGACCCAGAGCCAGAGCCUGCCUCCUGCUGCUGCCACUCACCCCCCAGCGGGCCUCCACCAGGUGCCCCCCCAGCCCCCAUUUGCUCAGCACCCCUUUGUCCCUGGGGGACCUCCUCCCAUCACCCCUCCAACCUGCUCCUCCACCUCCACCCCACCUGCGGGACCUGGCCCCUCGGCCCAGGCACCCUGCUCUGCUGCUGUUCCCUCGGGCGGCAGUGUACCCGGGGGGACAGCGUGCCCGCUCCCCACGGUCCAGAUCAAGGAAGAGGCUCUGGAUGAUGCUGAGGAGCCUGAGAGCCCACCUCCCCCACCUAGGAGCCCGUCCCCCGAGCCCACUGUGGUGGACACCCCCAGCCAUGCCAGCCAGUCAGCCAGGUUCUACAAACAUCUGGACCGUGGUUACAACUCGUGUGCGCGGACAGACCUGUAUUUCAUGCCUCUGGCGGGAUCCAAACUGGCCAAGAAGAGGGAGGAGGCCAUCGAGAAGGCCAAACGGGAGGCUGAGCAGAAAGCACGAGAGGAGCGGGAGCGCGAGAAGGAGAAGGAGAAAGAGCGCGAGCGGGAACGAGAGCGGGAGCGGGAGGCAGAGAGAGCAGCCAAGGCGUCCAGCUCAGCCCACGAGGGCCGCCUCAGCGACCCCCAGCUCAGUGGUCCCGGCCACAUGCGGCCAUCCUUCGAGCCGCCACCAACCACCAUUGCCGCGGUGCCUCCAUACAUCGGGCCCGACACGCCUGCCCUUCGGACUCUGAGCGAGUACGCUCGGCCCCACGUCAUGUCACCCACCAACCGCAACCACCCCUUCUACAUGCCCCUCAACCCCACUGACCCCCUGCUGGCCUACCACAUGCCCGGCCUCUACAACGUGGACCCCACCAUCCGGGAGCGGGAGCUCCGGGAGCGGGAGCUCCGGGAGCGGGAGAUCCGGGAGCGGGAGCUACGGGAGAGGAUGAAGCCAGGCUUCGAGGUGAAGCCCCCGGAGCUGGACCCCCUGCACCCAGCCACCAACCCCAUGGAGCACUUCGCCCGGCACAGCGCCCUCACCAUCCCCCCCACUGCGGGCCCCCACCCUUUUGCUUCUUUCCACCCGGGCCUGAACCCCCUGGAGAGGGAGAGACUGGCCCUGGCGGGCCCCCAGCUGAGGCCCGAGAUGAGCUACCCUGAUAGACUGGCAGCCGAGCGGAUCCACGCCGAGCGCAUGGCAUCGCUGACCAGCGACCCUCUGGCCCGCCUGCAGAUGUUCAACGUGACUCCACACCAUCACCAGCACUCACACAUCCACUCGCACCUCCACCUCCACCAGCAGGACCCCCUCCACCAAGGUUCAGCAGGCCCAGUGCACCCACUGGUUGACCCCCUGACCGCUGGCCCUCACCUGGCUCGCUUUCCCUAUCCCCCUGGCACCCUCCCCAAUCCUCUGCUUGGACAGCCCCCCCAUGAGCACGAGAUGCUUCGUCAUCCAGUGUUUGGCACCCCCUACCCCCGAGACCUGCCUGGGGCCAUCCCACCCCCCAUGUCUGCAGCCCACCAGCUGCAGGCCAUGCAUGCGCAGUCAGCAGAGCUGCAGAGACUGGCCAUGGAACAGCAGUGGCUGCAUGGACACCCCCACAUGCAUGGUGGCCACCUACCAAGUCAGGAAGAUUAUUACAGUCGACUGAAGAAAGAAGGUGACAAGCAGUUAUAAGUUAUUUAUUUGUUAGCGCUGGCUGUGGAAACCCCAAUUCUUGGGGGGAGAAACAGGACUUUUUACAUACAAUAUGAGCUACAAAAGCAAAAAGAAUAUCUUCUAAAGAUUUCUUUAUAUAUUUAAAAACCCCACCACUAAAAAUGUUAUCAGCAUAAUAGUGUUUGUUUGUAGAGAGGAUUCCUUGAGACUGGUUUGGGUCUCCCUGCAUGACAGUCCCCCAGAAACUUAGUGUGUCCUGGACUGGACUGAACAUUCAGAAAACUUUCCCUGCAAUCUUGGGGUUUGGCUUUAGUUUUCUUUUCCUUCCUUGAUUUCUUGGUAGGUGCUAGAAUCCAGUUCACACCCUUCACUGUGCGUGCAGACACACUCAGUUACGUGUGUUCCAGAACCCACAAGGUUUGCAGAUAGGUGGCAUAUGAGUUUGGAAUCCAAGAGCUAUAAUUUUUAAAAAAACUUUUAUUUUAAUACAUUGUAGGAGAUCUUCAUAAUUUGAGAAAGUUCUGCAGCAUGGCUUUUUACGUCUGUAAAUAAAUAAUUUUAGAAUGGCAUUUUUUUUUUCUUCCACAAACUAUUCUGAUCUAUUUUUUCCAGCCAUGUCACUAAUUGUGAAUUCCUACCAGCUAUUGACAGAAUACAGAGUUGAUUUUUUAAUAAAAAGUUAUAUAUAAUUAUCCCUUUAAUUAAAGGGAGCAGAUGGGCGUUACUAAUUGCAAACGGGCAGAGGCUUGGGACGCGGUGCGGUCACAGCAGUGAGCAUCCAGGGGUCUGCAGGGAUGAUGUUACGGACCGUUUCUUUGUUUUGCUGCCUUGAUUUUCACUUCUGUCUGUUCCUAGCUUGUGCUUUGCCAGAGGUGCGGAUAUCUGUUAGAUGAAACUGUUUUUAUUUUGUCCCAGGAGUGCAAGAGUUAAAUUUCCACCUUGUUCUGUCUCUGCAGGAUAGAAAGCACAUGUUUCUGUGUGUCUGGUUGUAGAUUUCCUUCUAGAUUUCUAUGCACACACAUUUGGUUGUUUUGGAUGAACUGCCUUUUUAAAUACUCUGACAAUUUCAUAAACAUUCUGGAAAAUUCAAGAAAACACCAUUCCUUACAAAGAACUCAGCACACACACUUGCCAGAGGAAUUUGUUUUUUUAAAAAAAAAACAAAACAAAACUCUUUUGUGUGUGCCAUCAUUAGGAUCUUCCUGUGGGGAGGCCAGGUCCUCCUGGCCACGCAGCUGGAGGCCCCGGAGUUGGCAUGGUUGUGGGUGGCGGCCUGUGCAUCUCCCCCAGGAGCAGGUCCGUGCGUGGUGACCCACAUCGGCUGGGGACACCAUUUGAAUCCCACUGUUUCUCCUGGGAGUAGGAACGAGAGUCGCAGCCGCUGAUGUGGAAUGAGAAGGCAGGCUUUCUUGCACCUGGGAGCUGCCAGUCUGAGGGCUCCGGCUGUUACGCGGAGCGUCCACCUCUCCUUUCUGAGUUGCAGGCAUGGUGUGCUUUCUCCAGGGCGGAGGGCGGGGGACCUGGGGAUGUCUGCACCUGGGGAUCCGGCCUUCUGUCAGGGUGUGAUCUUUCCUGUUCCAUCCCCCCACCAGACUCGAGGGCCGCUUCUGCCAUUGUGUAUGGUAGUCCCUUCGGAGAGCUGCCAGAUGACGUGGCAGAGCGCACGAGGGUCGGUGGGUGUGGGGUGUGGCCAGGACUGGGGCUCAGUUGGGGACAGGACCAGAAGGCUGGCGCGCUGACCCAGAAGCCAGCAGGCAUUAGCUGAGAUUCAGGUUCUGGACUCAAACCUGCAUCAGGGGCAUUUCCAGUUUCUAUUAGAACUGUUUGGUUUCAGUUGGGACAGACAGGAUUGUUUUGUCUGCUGGGAAUGUUCUGGAAAUGUUUGUCGCUUUUCUCUUUCAUUUUCUCCUGUUCCAUUUCUGCCUUAACUUAGCUCCUUAGAGGGAGGCGAGCUCAAAGGAGCCCUGUGUCCCCACACUCAGGCCACAUGGGCAGGAGGCACUUGUUUCCUCUGGGGGCAGGGCUGGCCCUCCUGCAGCUCCUGCCUGAGGCCCCCACCUCCUCUGCAUCUCUGUUUUCCUUUUGGUGGAACACAGUGCCUGCCAUUCAGUUAGACCUUCUUGACCGCCUCUCUGUGUCAUCCGUUUUUCCAAAGAGGAGACAGAGUGAAGUACUUAGAAGUCUUUACUUGAAGACUGUCUGAAGGUGUUUUCUCGUUAGGUUUUGGUUUUCCCCCAUAUCCCAAGGUGAAGCACUGAGAUUCUUCCAUUUAAGGACCUACGACCUGAAACCCUCACCUGGUCAGCCACAGUUUGUUGAGGAGGCCCCAGACCUUCACAGUGUCUUUGAAGCCCGACCCCUUGGUUUCCUUUUGGAUUUUCCUUCCUUUUGUUUGAAGUUCGGUUUUGCUUUUCUGUGUUCUGUACGUAUCUUGUUGAAUGUUGUCCAGAGUGAGCUUCAUGUUCCACUGCGGCAGCAGAGUGUACAUCCUGAUUUGCUACGUUUAUAUAUAUCUUGAAGCUAAGUGUAUAUAUGAGUAGUUUGCCAUGAGAUAACACAGUGUAAACAGAGUAGACACCCAGAAAUCGUGACUUCUGUGUUCUCUCCAUUUGAGUAUUUUGUAAUUUUUUUGAAAGAUUUGUGGACAUAAAUAAAACCAAGCUACACUACAGCA